AUGUACAAUCGUUUGAAACGUCAUUCAUUAUUAAUUUUAAUAUGUUUUAUACACGUUAUUUUAUUUUCAAUAUAUACAUAUGUACAUUAUCAAAAUAAUGUUUCAAAUGAUGCGAGAAAAAAUGAUCAAUCAACUGAAUUAUUAACAUCGGAUCAUCUUCCAGCUGAUUCAAUUGAAAAAGCAGAUCGAUCAUUAUUACAUAAUUAUAGAAAUUCAAAAUUUCAACAAGAUAUUAAUUUACCUACUAAUGAAAAACUUAAAUCACUUAAUAUUUCAUUUGUAAAAGAUACUGAUCAACAACAAAUGAUUGUUCAAUGUUCAAUUUUACCAUUGACUUUAGUUGGUCGUGUCGAAGCCGAUUUAUUCUCAUAUGAAAUGGAAGAAAUUGAAAAACAUCAUGAAAAUUCAAGUAUAAAACUUGGUGGUCAUUGGUCACCUUCUCAUUGUACAUCUCGUUAUCGAGUAGCAAUUAUUAUUCCAUAUCGUGAUCGUGAUAUGCAAUUACGUAUAUUUCUUAAUUUUAUGCAUCCAUUUUUACAAAAACAACAAUUAGAUUAUCAAAUUUUUCUUAUUGAACCAAUAAUUAAUGUAACAUUUAAUCGAGCACUUUUAUUUAAUAUUGGUUUUCAUGAAACACUAAAACAUUAUUCAUGGCAAUGUUUUAUUUUUCAUGAUGUAGAUUUAAUACCAGAAGAUGAUAGAAAUAUAUAUUCAUGUCCACCUGAACCACGUCAUAUGUCAGUAGCAGUAAAUACAUUAAAUUAUGAACUUCCAUAUCGAACAAUUUUUGGUGGUGUUUCAGCUUUAACAGUUGAACAAUUUAAAUCUGUUAAUGGAUUUUCAAAUCAAUAUUUUGGAUGGGGUGGUGAAGAUGAUGAUAUGGCUGCUAGAAUACUUACUAAAUAUCGUAUAUCUCGUUAUCCACCAUCAAUUGCUCGUUAUAAAAUGUUACGACAUCAACAAGAUACUCCAAAUCAAUCUAGAUACAAAAUCUUAAGUUUAAGUAAUGCAAUGCGUUCAGUCGAUGGUCUUUCUAAUCUACAAUAUACAAUAAUUGAAAUACGUAAAGAAAAAUUAUUUACACUUAUUCGAGUAACAUAUAAUGAAACAUUAAUUAAAUCAAUGGUUACUCAGAUAAAAACGAAAAUUAUGAAAGCCAAACGACAUAGAACUUAA